UGGGCAGUGAGAGGAGUCAUCCAGCUCAUAAUCGCAUUUUAACGUGAAAUUCACUUUAAAACUGCGGGACUUUUUCUUUAGAUGAACAAAAUUAAAAGUACGUGUAGACGUGAUUUGGAGACUUAAUAUUAAAGUAACGACUUUCUGUUUGCUGUAAUAUGGCGACGGCGCGUGCUGCUGUGCUCUCUGCUGCAAACUGACAUUAUUUUGGUAAACGGACAUAACAGAGACAAUGUUACUAACAGCUGGCCGCCUGUCCAAAGUGCUGCAGCUCACCCUGGCGGUCAUCAAACCGGACGCUGUGGCUCAUCCCCUUAUGUUAGAGGCUCUUCACCAGAGAAUCCUGGACAACAACUUUGUCAUUGUUAGAUGCAAAGAUCUCGUGUGGAGGAGACAGGACUCCGAGAGGUUUUACGUGGAACAUUCAGGGCGAUUCUUCUAUCAAAGACUUGUUGAAUUCAUGUCAAGUGGCCCGAUGCGUGCCUACAUUUUAGCCAGAGAGGACGCCAUUCGCCACUGGAGAGAACUGAUGGGGCCGACCAAAGUGUACAGAGCCAGAUACACCUCCCCUGCUUGCAUCAGGGCCCAGUUUGGACUCACAGACACACGAAACACGACUCACGGCUCAGAUUCUGUGGAGUCGGCACAAAGGGAAAUCAGUUUCUUCUUCCCAGACUUCUGUGUGGAGGAGUGGAUGGAGAAAGAGGAGCCAUUGUUCAGAUCCGGACAGAUACAUUUUGACCAUCAAAAACAGAUCCACACUCUUUCAGCGCAAAGCUGA